AUGGACGAAGCUUCGAGCCCCGCCCAGUCGAGAGAACGCGCUGUCUCCUCUGAGCCUUGCUCAACCCGCCCUAAUCCCUUCGACGACAGCGAUAUCUCCUCCAGAAAGCGGCGGCGCACCUCCCUUAGCGGCGCCUCCCGAAGCCGAUCCGUCGAUAGCAUUACCUCUUCCCACGAAGGUGGCCGGACAAGAGCCGAGUCGGAAGGUGGUCAGGACGACGACCCCACCACCAUGAAGGUUGAUACAGACCCCACCACCCCCCAAACCCCCGAGCAGAAGCCUGCCGAUUCGCAGCCUCCAUCCGAAGCUCGAUCUAGCAGAGUCACAAUAAAUGUGCGGACUCCAUCUCGUCCUCUAGAGACCAUUCCCUCCUCCCCACCGUCCGCAACAAAUUCAGCCCUUCCUCUCGUGGUGUCGGUGUCCCCAGACGCCGACGACGCCGACGACGACGACGAUGACCACGACGUGAAGAUCAGCGUCGAGGAAUCCGAAGUCGAGAUGGCACAUGCAGACGCGGCUGCCGACACGGCUGCUUCUAGUAGCUCGGGCGCCAGCAGCCCUCCCCUCGAGGUUAUCUCCGUGGACCACGAUGACGACACCGACCUCGACGGUCCUCACCCUCAGGUCACCCUGCUGCAAGACGACGAGGCUGCGGAUAUUCCCGACGAUCCGACCGUCGAGCUCCCAUUCCACGACGCCGCCGAGACUUACACAGAGACCAUUACCAGAUUGGCACCAUACAUGCCAACUCACGACCUGGUCUCCAAGAAUAUGACAGAUUGGAUCCAGAAAUACCUAUAUUAUGCUAGAAAAGCCGGCCAUCGCAUGGCGUUGGAAUCCUACUUCGCGCAUCGGAGUCUUUGGCAGACCUUCCCUGAUCUUGUUAUCUUUAUGAUCAACCGGAGGGCGCCAUAUCCACGGAACCCAGCAUUACGCACUGACAUCUUCACCUUCUAUAAAUGGUUCGCGAAACUGGCGGCAUACUUCGUCGAGCUUGACGUGAAGUGGCUGCGUGCCUCGUCCACCGACCCGCCUCGCAUUUCCGACCUCGCGUCUCCAUAUUAUGCACACGCGUUGUCCCUACUGACUCGGAGAGAAGAGUCGAGCCUACAUGCGAACCACCUGCACAAUGGUGAAUCAGACUGGAGUUAUGCCGAAGAGGUGAUGGAAAUCCUCGCCGCCUUCCAGAAUUACCACCCGACCCAGGGAGCAUCCCUGGCAGUCUUGAUGAAGCUGGCUCAGAUGGAGGUCGAGCUCAUUGCCCGCUACCCAAAGCUCACCGACAAUCUGGGCUCCAUAUGCGGCCUGAUCUGCAACAUCAUGAGGGAGAGCUUUCGAAUAUAUCAAGACCCGGCUGAUUUCUCGCCUCAGGACGUCGAGCGGGCAAGGAGUAAUAUCGCCAGAGGAUACCAGUUCUUCAACCUCAUGUCCGGCACCUUGUCGCACAUCAUCGAGAAGCAUGUCAACCACCUCUCGAGCGACUCUGCUUUGAGCCAGCUUACGGCGCUGGCAGAUAUCUAUCAAAUGUGUCUGUCGACGGAGCGGGUCGUGCCACAGGUUAUAAUAGAAGAGCAUCGGCAGGACCACCCGCCAAUUGCGGACCACAGCGUGCCUGAAGCCAUGGCCUACCAUUGGCGCUUCACCGUGUUCAGUCGACUUAUCAUGUCGAGCCAGAUGCAACUGCGAGUCAUGGCAGCCAGCUCCAUGUCGAACGAGCUUGUCGCCUACUGGAGGAAACUCAACGAACCCGCGGAUGAGUCAAACGCCUCCCUCUUAAAAUAUGUAGCCGACUUCCUCCUCCGGACGGGACUGGUCGCUUAUAUUCUCGGCCCAACGUGCCACCCGGAGAUCACAAUGGACAGCAGCAACAUCAUCGGCUUUCUUCUGGUAUCGAAAACCUACACAAGAGAGCACACGGACCUCCUGUGGCAGACCGUGACAUCGAGCCAAGACCCGCGUGUGUCGGAUGCCCUGAUUCGCAUGGCGACUCGCAUCACAAACCUUUUCUCAUACGAAGACCUGAUAUAUCUCUGCGAGAAGCUCAACUCGGUUGCCGCGGAAGCCUUCGGCCCAACCUUGCGGGAAUUCCUGGACCAGAUAUUGAGGUGCCUCCCGGGGAAGUUCCUUCCUGAGCAAACCAUCCUGGAUACUCCCCCGUAUCUCUUGUGCGUUCGCUUGAUCAGGCAGUCCUCCGUCUUCGGGCGCGAGUCGCCCGUGGCCCACCCAGACCUCCUGAGCUUUUCCACGCAGAAAUUCAGGGACGUGCUGAUCAACGGACCGGAUUCAAACGGUCGCAGGGAGAUCUACCUUGACUGCCUGCAGGACAUCGCAGAGACAUCGCCGACAACGCUGGGUAGUCUCUGCGUAAUCUCCAAUAUGCUGCGGCCAACUGCUCCUCGGGAGCUUCAGAUCCUCACUGCGGAACAUGGUUUCACGAGGCUGUUGGUGGACGAGCUUGAAGCUGCGAUCCCUGCAGCACGGGCGGCACGCUUCCCCGCGGUCAUCAGCGGCGCUCACAACAUCGCCCGGAAGGAGUUGAUAAUGGCUAUUCUGGUGCAUCAGCCGUCGACCGUCGCGAAGGACCUUGGCCCUAGGCUCUGGGAUAUGCUGGUCGGCAGUGGCGCUGCUUGCCGGGAGGACCGAGAAGCCGGGUGGCAAAUCCUGAACCACUCCCUGAGGAGAAGCCCAAUGGAGAACCCGUUCAUAUUGACAUGCUUCGCCGAGUACCUGCCGAAUCUUCCUCCCGAAUGCUUCUGCCUCGGGACGCUCGAGUUUGUCCGGGAGUGUGUGCUGCCGUUGGUAAACGAUGCCGGCAGCAUCCUUCUCGAUGAUGACGACGACAGCAGUGGCCGAGGCGGCCUCGAGCAGCUGUGGCGCAUGAUCCUCACCGCCGCUCCGAAUACCAUCGAGCAGCAGGCAAUCCAUACCCUCGUCAACGAUGUCUACAUGGAUAGCAGGUCUAUCCUGUCCUUCCCCCAUCACCGAGCGCGCAAGGUGCAUCUGGCCAUGGUGAAUCGCUGCCUGAAGCAGCUCUCCGAGGCAGCUGUCAAGCUGAGAGCGUUCAGUGAUGGCACUACGAGCGGCGGGGACGACGAGCCAAUGGUCCUCGUCGCCUCUGAGCAACAGGUGCGCGAGCAAGAGCUCUUGUUUGUUCGCUCCCUCGCCGUCCUCAGGGAGUUCCACCGCCUUCAUCAGGCCAAGGCGCAAUUCUCCGCCCCCGAUCUGAGAUCGCUCAUCCUGGACUCCCCAAGCAAGGAUGUGCAAGGCGAUUCGGCCGAACUAAUGUACCAGUCCUUUGAUGGCGACACUCAGACCGAGGUGAAGCCGUUGAACAUUGGGAGGCGCAAUACUGCCGCAUCUCUGCUGGUCAGCUUGCAGAAGGCCACCGGGUUCAGCAACUAUCGGAUCUACUAUCGAGGGAGGCCAUUUGUGCCGCAGGAGAGCGAGAUAUGCAAAUCCCUGGAGGACUUACAAAUCCAUAACGGCAUCAUACUGGUGAAGCGCGAAUCCGACGUGGCCUCGACACCGGCCCGCGUCCGGCCCGGGGCUUCAGCUGUUGAGAUCGAGAUCCUCGGGCACUUUGAUGAGCUAUGGGGUUAUUUGAGCAUGGAGGAGAACCUGGCCCAGGAGAUCUACAGCUUCUUGAUCAAGCUACCGCCGGACGACAACAUCCUCGAGUCUAUCGGGUCUCCCGGCGCAUCUCACACGGAAAUAUUCCCGCUGGGUCAGCCCCUCAAGUCACUGUAUGCCGUGCACGUACUUGGGGAGCACUUGGCCUCCCAGCGAAAGGCCCUCACUGCGCAGCCAGAUGACGGCCAUACAGCCGGAGGCGAGGCACCGUUCUCUAGGUUCCUGACCGGAGCUAUGUCUCUGGUUGUCGCGGCCAUCUCUGACCCAGAAGUGGUUGGGCGGUGUCCGACCCCGGAACUGCAGAUCGACCUCAGUUCGGCCCUGGUAGACUCGUUUGUGCGUAUUCUACAAGACCCGCUUCUCCCUGCGUCUGUGUCCAGAUUCCUCGACGGAUCGUUGUUGAGGCGCCUCGUUCAGAUCCUGUCGUCGACCAUGACUGCCGACGCUCCGGAGAGCGCCACAAAGCACGCCUGCCUCUGCCUGCUAGGCAUCUUCGAAUGCUGCUCAAGGAGCCCCGAGUUCUGGAAGGAAUUCCGCGAACACGACCAAGUCCCCGAGCUAGUCGCCGAUUUGCUCCUCAAUAAUUCGCGGCCGGCAGUCAGGCAACAUACAGCAGAGCUGAUCGGGAAGAAAAUCAUAGAAUCUCCGGAGCUGCAUGCCGCUGCCGGCGAGUUUCGGGAGUUCUUCUGGCCACUCGUGUCGAGACUCGUGGGACCAGCCAUGCGCCAGCCACACAAUUCGGGCGAGCUUCUCAGCCUUGCGUUGUCGAUAUUGAAGUUGCUGCGGGGCUCGGGAUCCCCAAUCUUCGACGUCCAGCAGCUGCUGGCUGACUGGGGCGACUUGCUACUGUCGUAUACUACAUACGAGGAUGUAACCCAGCCCGACAUGAUAGAUGUCGUUGCCAACGGCUUGAUCCGCCUUCUACACUGCAUCCUCUCCUGGGAAGAGUAUCCAGUGGAGCGACACCUAUUGCCGCCAGCUGGAUUCGCGAGAAAGCUGUUCUGGAAGCAUCUAUUCCCCCCUUUCGAGAUGGAUGGCCGCCCUGAUCCCGUCAAGCCGGUUUUGUGUCACCAGAGCCGAGGAAUGCUGAUGGACAUGAUCUUCUUCUUGAUCAGGGACGACCCAGUUCAGCUACGGUGUCUUCUUGACGAUCUUGAUCAACUGGUUCCUAUCUUUGACGAUGAAAGUGGAGAUAUUUAUGCAUAUGAGCUCCUUCAGCAGUUCGAGAGACCCAAGGCGAUCCGAGCCCCUUGCGGGUAUGUUGGGCUAAAGAACCUCUCCAACACCUGCUACCUAAACUCUCUCUUCACCCAGCUCUUCAUGAAUACGGGCUUCCGUCGAUUCAUGCUCGACACCGUCGUCCAGGACCCCGAGUUUUCGCAGAGCCUGCUCUUCCAGACGCAGAAGAUAUUCGGUUUCAUGCAGGAAAGCAUUCGGCGCUCCCUGAAUCCCGACGAGCUGGUCGCCACCAUCAAGACAUACGAGGAUACCCAGAUCGACAUCCACAACCAGAUGGAUGUGGACGAGUUCUACAACCUCCUCUUCGACCGGUGGGAAGGUCAACUUUCAUCCGCCGAGGCAAAGAGGCGAUUUCGAUCCUUUUAUGGUGGCCAUCUGGUCCAGCAGGUCGCGUCAAAGGAGUGCGACCACAUUUCGGAACGGCUGGAGCCCUUCUCGGCGAUCCAGUGCGAUAUUAAGGGCAAGAGCAGCCUCCAGGACAGCUUGCAGGCGUAUGUGGAUGGCGAAAUCAUGGAGGGUGACAACAAGUAUAAAUGCUCCACCUGCGACCGCCAUGUGGAUGCUGUCAAGAGGGCGUGUCUCAAGGACAUACCGGAUAACCUCAUCUUCCAUCUCAAGCGGUUCGAUUUCAAUCUCAGGACGCUCCAGCGUAGCAAGAUCAACGACUACUUCUCAUUUCCCAGCAAGUUCGAUAUGCGGCCGUACACGGUUGAGCAUCUAAAUAACGCGUCCGAGGAUAGACCGGCGGACAUCUUCGAGCUGGUCGGAGUCCUGGUUCAUUCCGGAACUGCCGAGUCUGGCCACUACUACUCGUACAUUCGGGAGCGGCCAACAAGCAGCGACUCGGAGGCUUGGUUCGAGUUCAAUGACGAUACCGUGAGCCCCUGGGACUUUGGGCAAAUGGAAAACGCAUGUUUCGGCGGCUCCGACUUCCGGCCACCAUUCGAGGGCAACGGUGUUGUUUACGACAAGACUUACAGUGCCUACAUGCUCUUCUACCAGAGGUCUUCUGCACUCAGGAGGGAGCAGGGGCUCUUGCGGGAGUCGGGCAUCUCGAGCCCACUGCGAGUCUCGCUUCACCAGAAUCUGGGGCAGCUCAUCCAGCGAGAGAACACCGCGUUGCUCCGGAGACAUUGUCUUUACGACCCCGCCCAGAUCCGCUUCGUCCAGAUGGCCCUCCAUCACAUGAAGACCAUCGCUGGCGAACAAUGUUCCGAGUCGCACAAGAUGGAGGACAAGGCGAUCUACAUGGCGCUCAGCCACCUUGACCAGGUUGCGUCGCGGACGAAGGAGGUUCCCGAGUUCGAAGUCCUGCUCAAACGUCUGGGGCUGUAUGCCCAAGCAUGUUCCCGAUGCAGUUUCGCCAUCUACGGCUACUUUCACGCCCACAACGAGGUGUUGCGCCUGAUGGUCCAGAAGAACGCCGAGCAAUUGGUCCGAAAAGGAACGUCUGAUCUGCUGAUACAGGCGCUGCGGGUCAUCAAAACCCGCCUUCCUCGGCACUAUGGGAUGCCCGAGGACGACGAAGACGAACUCGACGGUGGCGCGCUAGUCCUCAACGGCGUCAUUCGCAUGUUCAGCCUCUUGUUUGAGUUCUUCCACUUGAGCAUUCGGUCUUGGCAGGAAGUGUUCGGCUUGAUGCUCUCCUUCGUCCGGUUGGGGCCGCACGAAAGGGCCCUCUUCCUCGAGCAGCCUUUCUUCCGAUCUCUCAUAUUCAUCCUAUCGGCCGAUCCCAAUUUGGAGCUGCCGCAGCAAUUCGCGAGAAUGAUAGCCACGGUGUCCCGUAGGUUGGCCACCCGGCCUCCCUCUUACGAAAGCAUCAUUGGGCUCUUCGACGUGCUCAUCUCCGCCCUGCAUAUGCCGUUCAAUGAACGGGGGGAGCCCAUCCUACUGGACUGUCUCGAGCACCGCCUCGCGACGGCAGAAAAUAUCGAGGGCCCAUUUCUCUUCACGAGGUCCGAGAGCAAGCUCCUCCACCAAGACUGGGCCAGAGAGAUGGCAAAUAUCUUUGUGGACAAACUGAUCGCCAUCAACCAGAACCAGGCUGCGACGCACUCGAUCAUUGCGAGCCUCAUGCGCUGCGGCCGCAUGAUGGAGGGCAAGAUAUUACGCACCCUGAAACUCGCCAUCGGCGGCCAGGUCGCGCCGGGCCAUCAGAAUGCACCCUAUCUCCAGGUUGCAUCACGAGUCUUCUGCCGUAUGGGGACUCAUGCCGACUUGGUCAAUGCUCUGAUCGCGCACGUGAGCCAACAAUGCAUGUGCUUGCAGAACAACGAGGGGAAGGCGUUCUUUGAGUUCCAACGAGAUGUUUUCGACGGUCCACGCGAGAACUCAGGCGAGACUCCGGACGAGGUCCUCAUCAUCGGUCUGGAGAAUCUGUCCGAUUGGGUGCCAGGUCUUCUUGGAUACUUUGAUUCCACCGUCGUCAGCGACGUCGAAUUCUUCCUCCAGGAGAGGGUCUUCAGGUUUGGCCCGUCGCCCGACUUCGGGGACAGCCUCGAGGACAGUAGAAGGGCCGAGGUUCUGGUCAGAUCUGCGCGGUCGCUGGGCAUCCAAUGCCUUGCCUUCCUACGAGAUAAUUAUGUCAGCCGACGAGUCAACGUGGGCGUGCAACUGGUGGCGGCCUUUGAGCGAGUCAUUAGGGAGUGCAACAAGUACUACGAUAUCGGCGGUGCAAAUGAGGAUGACAUGACGAUCGAGUUUAUCAAGCUUGGCCAAAGCGUUCUCGAACCCUUACGCAGGCUCACAGUCGAAGAUCCGGAAGAAGACGGGUCUGGUAUGUUCUAUAGCGACUCAUCCAGUAUCACGUCAAGCGUUACGGCCGACUGAUUGCGAAGGCUCCACAGAUUGGGAGAACUCGUCGGUGUGCUCGGAGCAGAUGGACAGUCUGGGCGACGUCGUUAUGCCCGG